AUGAAGUGCGUGAUUGGGGGGGCGCAGCUCCGAGUGUUUGGAAGAGCAAUCCAUGCCAUAGCACGUGUCAGUGAUGAAUUUUGGUUUGACCCCGUGGAAAAAGGCCUUGCCUUAAGGUCGGUGAAUUCCUCGAGGUCAGCCUAUGCCUGUGUGUUCUUCUCCUCCGUGUUUUUCCAGCAGUACUGCUGGGCAGCCGUGUCCGAGCCCUGUCACAAGGAGAAGUCGUCCCUGCCCUGUAAACUGAGAGUUAAGGCAGUUCUCCCUGUGUUUAGAUGUGCCAACGUGCUGGGGAGGAAUGUAGAGAAGUGCAGCAUCUCUGCCAGCCCCAGGGAUCAUCACAUCACCUUCCAGCUGCUCUGCAGACACGGGGUUGUAAAAACCUAUAACCUGACCUUUCAAGAAUGUGAUCCCUUGCAGGCCGUUUUUGCAAAGCACAUGUGCCCAAACAUCCUGAAAGUCCACUCCAGGCUGCUGGCUGAUGUGAUGAUUCACUUCCCCACCAGCCAAGAGGAAAUAACCUUAUCUGUUACUCCACUGAAAGUCUCUUUCAAGAGUUACACCGAGGAAGACACUGACUUUUCCAGGACGGUGGUUACUGAGAUUCACCUCAGCCCAGAGGAAUUUGACUACUUUCAAAUUGGAGUAGAUUCUGAAGUGACAUUUUGCCUUAAGGAGUUGAGGGGCCUGCUGGCGUUUUCCGAAGCCACCGGAGUUCCUGUGUCCAUCCACUUCGACAGAUGUGGGAAGCCCAUUGCCUUCAGCGUGGAGGACGUGCUGCUGGAGGGCAGCUUCAUCCUGGCCACCCUGUGCGAGGCUCAGAAGGAGGAACAUUCCCAGGAGCUCUGCUGCCCACGGGUUUGGGGGCACUCAGAGGCACCCCCUGACAAACCCUCUGGGGAGGAGCCCAACAGCACAGACACUGCCAGACAUCCCCCGCGGGAUGGGAGCGCUGCCACCAACCCUGCGGCUGAAGGAGAGGUGAAAAGCGAUCCCAGAGCCACGGGGAGCGACGUCACAGGAAGAGCAGGAACAGCCACGGCCCGGGCAGCAGGAGAGGCCACGGAGGCUCCUGAUCAGAAGUUCCACUCCUUGUUCUUUGGAGCUGUUUCCCACAAGGAGAAGGACGCCAGGGGUCACAGCUUGCAGAGCCUGGCGACAGCCAGCGACACGGAGGAGGAGCUGGGCCCUGUGCAGAGCUCCCCGCUGCUGUAG